AGAUAACAGCGGUAUUAGGCUAAGUAGUUCCAAAUUCAAACUGCACAGUUUAAAAUUUUCACCGACGAUGUUUCUUUCAAAAUUAAGUAUUUUCAAAAUUUUCCUGUUUUUUGUGUGUUACUCUGAAAUGUGUUUAGGGGCAUGUCUGGAUAAAUUCGCGCUCGCAUCAGUAGACGCGCUUGUUCGCUCUAUACCCAAUAGCAGUGCAAUAUUAAUGGAAAACGUCAACUUUAACAGUUUGGAUACUUUCGUUUCUAUCGACGUAGUCAGUUCUAAUAUUAGUCAAUUAUGCACAGGAAUGAUUAAAGAUUUUCCUGUUUUGAAAAAGCUGUCCCUUAUCAAUGCCAAUUUGUCUGAGAUUCAGCCAGGAAUCUUUGAGAAAGUUCCUAGUUUGGAAUAUCUGUCGCUGGGAGUUAAUCAGUUGGAUUACGUACCCAGAGGAGUUUUCGAUUCAGUCAAGAGUCUUAAGGUGAUCUAUCUGACAAGCAACCGAAUUCGAUCUAUUGAAGACGGUGCUUUUGCCCUGAUGCCCCUUUUGGAAAAAGUAUAUUUAGCGCACAACCAAAUUGCCCAAUUAACUGGCAAUAUUUUCUUCGGCAGCACUCGACUAUCUUUAGUCGACUUAAGUUUCAACAAAUUGGUCGCUAUCGAAGAGAGCAACUUCGAAGAUUUGAAAUUGCGAGAAGGGUCUCCGAAGCAUCCGAUAAAAAUUCUAUUACAACGCAAUCAAAUCGAGAAUGUAGCCAGAGAAACUUUCCUAGGCUUACGGCCCGUCUUACUUCAUCUAGAAUAUAAUCAAAUAUCACGAAUUUCGCAAAUAGUUUCGGGUGUUCCCAAUGGAAGCAAGGUGUUUGUGGACGGGAAUCGUAUCGAGUGCAUACCUGACGAUGUUUUGGAACGUGUUGAAGAUGGUCUGUUGCAGCUUUGGGCCCAAGCUAAUCCAUUGACAUGCGAGUGCCUGAAACGAGUCCAGGAGCUCGUAAAUAAUGACAUUAAGGGGCAACUGAACGUGUCCACUACACUUCCAUGUGACUUGUUUUCCAGCUUUUUUUAGUUGCUCUUUGGAUUUCUUCCUAUCUUUUCUACUUUUAUAGAGUAUGCCCUUUAUGGAUGUUUCCAAAUAAAUAUUUUAUUUAUAUUGUUAGUACUAGA